AUGCAGCUGCCCCCCGGGCACCACCGGCCAUGGCUGCGAGCAGGGUCUGCAGUGCUCAGGCGAGCAUCAGGUCUGCCACCCUGUCACCGGAGAAGUGUGUCUGCGCAUCUGGCUUCCAUCGGCAGUGGCUGUCAGCUCAAGUGCCCUUCCGGACGCUAUGGCCCCAACUGCGAAAGGCUCUGCGGCUGCAGGAACGGGGGCUUCUGUGAGCCCACCACGGGUCAGUGCUGCUGUCCGCCCGGUUUCGUCGGUGCUGACUGCAGCGUCGCUUGCCCGGCUGGACGUUUCGGCAAAGACUGUGCCCAUGUGUGUGCUUGUGGGGAGGGCGCUGGCUGCGACCCCGUGCGAGGUACCUGCAUCUGCCCAGCUGGGAGGACUGGCCCCCGCUGUGAGCACGCCUGCCCCACGAACCGGUUUGGUCUGGGCUGCGCGCUGGCCUGCUCCUGUGAGAAUGGAGGCAUCUGCCACCCUGUGAGUGGCGCUUGCUCGUGCGGUCUGGGGUGGACCGGUCCACACUGUGAGCAGGACUGCCCGCCCGGCCGCUUCGGCCCUGCCUGCAGCCACGAGUGUCUCUGCCAGAACAAUGGGACGUGUGAGCGAGAGACGGGUACCUGCCACUGCCCCCCGGGGCACUACGGCCCAGCCUGUGAACACGCAUGCCUGCCUGGCUUCCAUGGCCCAGGCUGCCGGACCCCCUGCAACUGUCAGAACAGCGCUGUCUGUGAUCCAGCCACCGGCCAGUGCAUCUGCCCCCCCGGCUUCCAGGGACAGUUCUGUCAGAUGGGUUGCAGGCCCGGCACGUUUGGGGCAGACUGCCACCAGGUGUGUGAAUGUGAAGGGGGUGCUCCGUGUGACCCUGCCACUGGCUUGUGCCUCUGUCCGCCAGGGAAAAUGGGAGCCAAGUGUGAACUGGGGGGUCCAUCUCACCUGGCCGCCAGUAACAGCUCUCCGGCCCAGGACCCCGUGCCCCCGCCACCCCCAGCCUGCAGGACGGCUCCCGGGCUCACCGCGCCGACCGCGAAGCCUUAGUGCACCAGCUGCCUCCCCCCUCCCCCCACCGCUGGCCAGGAGGAGAGGGACGGUCCCCGGCAGGCUCUGCCCAUCACGCACGCCUCAGGGCCUCCCGGCGGGCCCGCUCCAUGCCAACUGCAGCCAACGUCCGGAGGCCACAGCCUAAACUCUCGCUGGGACGUUUCCGGACCGCUGGGGGCCGGACCACCCAAAAACCAGGCCUCUUUACAGACCUCAGAUCAGGGAAAGGGUCCCGGCAAAGGGAACGAAGAAGCCCUGGCCCGGCGUGCCCGCCCUGGCCCAGAAAUGCCUGCCCCGGCCCAGAGUGCCCAGCCUGGCCUCGCCACCUCAUGCCAGGGGGCAGGUUUGUCAGAGCCGACUGGUGGUCAGCCCGAUACCCAAGCCCCUCCUCUGCUGGACUCGCAGUCUCCGCAUGUAUUUAUAGAAGCUAUUUAUGGGAAGAUGUUCUGUCGGGCCCGGCCCAGACGCAUCCCCUGGGGGUCAACCCCACCCCCACCCCCACUCUGUACAUGGUGGUGCUGUGCCCCGCCCCCCGCCCCCCCUCAACCCUACUCCCAUCCCCUGUUCUCUGCACCCGGCCCGAAGGGGAAGGGUUGGGGAGGAGAUCCCUACAGGGGUUGAACCCUUCGGCUCCCAGAGGGUGCUUUUAUCGGGUAUGACCGCCCCCAUCCCCCCACCAAAGUGUGCUGUAAUGUACUUCCUCCGCCCCACCCCUCCCAACCCCAGCCCCAUUGCAAUAAUGCUGGAGCCACCCCAGGCUCAUUAUGUUCAAAUGAAUUAAAUGAUUUCCUUUUUGCCA